AUGAGCAACUUGAAGGGGGAGAACCAGAGCAGCGUGUCCGAGUUCCUCCUCCUGGGGCUCCCCAUGCGUCCGGAGCAACGGAGCCUGUUCUUUGCCCUGUUCCUGGGCAUGUACCUGACCACGGUGCUUGGGAACCUGCUCAUCAUUUUGCUCAUCAGGCUGGACUCGCGCCUCCACACCCCCAUGUACUUCUUCCUCAGCCACUUGGCCUUCAAUGAUGUGUGUCUCUCAUCUGUCACUGUCCCUAAGAUGUUGAUGAACAUGCACAGUGAUGACAAGUCCAUCCCCUAUGCAGGGUGCGUAUCUCAGAUGUAUUUUUUCUUAUUGUUUGUUUGUCUUGACAAUUUCCUUCUUACAGUGAUGGCCUAUGACAGGUACGUGGCCAUCUGUCACCCACUCCACUACACCACCAUCAUGAGGCAGGAGCUAUGUGUCCUAUUAGUAGCUGGGUGCUGGUUCUUCAGCUUUCUCCACUCUCUGUUGCACACUCUGCUCUUGGCUCAACUGUCCUUCUGUGUUGACAAUACCAUCCCCCAUUACUUCUGUGACCUCUCUGCACUCCUGAAGGUGAGCUGCUCAGACAUCUCCCUCAAUGAGAUGAUCAUCUUCAUUGAGGGAGGGUUGAUCGUCAUCACGCCUUUUAGUGGUAUCGUUGGCUCCUAUGUCCGCAUUUGGACCACUGUCCUGAGAGAACCCUCUGCUAAGAAAUUCUUCAAAGUCCUUUCUACCUGUGGCUCCCAUCUCCUCGUUGUGUCUUUAUUCUAUGGGACCAUUGCAGAAGUUUACCUGUUUUCUUCCUCAUCCACCUCCAGUGAUGAAUACAUAACUGCUUCUGUGAUGUAUAUGGUAGUCACACCCUUGCUGAAUCCCUUCAUCUAUAGCCUGAGAAACAGAGACAUGAAAUGUGCCCUGGAAACACUUGUUAAUCGGGUUCAGUUCCUUAUGUCAAAAGAGUCAAAAAGAACAUGUUAA